AAAAACAACAAAGUGAACAAACAUGAAACAUUAUUAAUUUUCACAAAAAAUCUAAACCGAAUAUCGACCGAGUGAAGCAAGCCGAGUUUUAUUGAGUCAACACCGAGUCAUUCACUUCCAAAUUCAAUGGCCUCCACAAUUCUGAAGCGAACGAGCUUCUCCUCCUCCUCCUCCGGCAUCCGAAUCGGAGGAGUGUCACUGAGGUACUUCGCGACUAAGGUUGAAGCAGGCACUGACAUAGUCGCAACCGCACACAAUGUUUCUCUCCAAAAAGCUCGCAGCUGGGAUGAAGGUGUUUCCUCCAAGUUCUCCACUACACCUCUCAAAGACAUUUUCAAGGACAAAAGAGUUGUCAUCUUUGGGCUCCCUGGUGCAUACACAGGAGUUUGUUCACAGCAGCAUGUGCCUAGUUACAAGAAUAACAUUGAUAAAUUUAGGGCUGAAAAGGUUGAUUCUGUCAUUUGUGUUGCUGUUAAUGAUCCAUAUGUCAUGAAUGCCUGGGCAGAGAAACUUCAAGCAAAAGAUGCUAUUGAAUUUUAUGGGGACUUUGACGGAAGCUUCCACAAGAACCUGGGACUAGAGAAAGAUCUCUCUGCUGCUUUACUUGGACCUCGCUCUCAAAGAUGGUCAGCUUUUGUGGUUGACGGGAAGGUUAAGGUUCUUAAUGUAGAGGAGAAUCCAUCUGACUUCAAAGUUUCUGGUGCGGAGGUCAUCUUGAAGCAGAUAUAAACCUACCUUUGUUUUGUAUGCAAUCCAUAUGAGUACUCAAAUCUUUUGUGAAAUCAUGUAUCCAGUUCUCCAACGACACACCCCGGGAGGACAUGUUCAAUAAAUACAUAAGUGUCUUUGAUGUUUCAUAUGUUAAUUCCAGAAUUAUCCUUUAUGUAUUUUCCGUCCUCUUUUAUUCUGUUCAUCUGAUAUAAGGUGGGUUAUCCCACAUUGUGAAUAAGUUUACCA